AUGACUGAAACAGAAGUAGCUAUUUCUGGUACCAGUGGUGUCAGUGGUGAUACAGAAAUUGAUCUAUAUGCUGAUGUUGUUGAAAAUGAACUUGAAACAGGUACAGGCGAUGAUUAUAUGACUAGUGAUGAACAUAUAGCACAUGAUGGAGAUUUAUAUGACGAUGUUAUUACGACGCAAUCAUCAGUUACAGAUUUUACUGACAUUACAAAUCCAGUUAAUCAUAUUCAUGCUAAACUUGAUCAAUCAAAUGGAUCAACAACUGGUAGAAAUACACCAUCGAGUGGUUAUAAUGGUAAACGUGUAUCACUCUAUGUUGGUCAAUUAACUUGGUGGACAACAGAUGCUGAUUUAGCUGAUGCUAUUCAUGAUUUAGGUAUAAAUGAUUUACUUGAAGUUAAAUUUCAUGAAAAUCGUGUUAAUGGUCAAUCGAAAGGUUUUGCUGUUGUUACUGUUGGUUCUGAAGCAUCUUCUCGAAUUAUAUCAGAGAAAAUGCCUAAACGAGAAAUACAUGGGCAAAAUCCAACAGUUUUACCUGGUAAUAAACAAUCAUUAAGUUUUUUUGAAGGUGUUACUCGCAAAGAUGCACCAAUGGAACCUAUGCCACAAAUGUCUGCACCACCUCUUCAUCCUAUGAUGCGUCCACCAAUUGGUCUUCCACUACCAAUGCCUCGCGGUGGUCAUAUGGAUGGUCCAUAUCGUUUUCCACCUCAAGGACCUGUUAUUUUGCCUGGAGGACCUCCUGGUAUGCCUCGUCAACAGAUGCAAUUAACUCUUGGUCCACGUGGUCAUGUACCUAGUGGUCAUAUGGUUCUUAGUCGAAUGCCUGGUCCACCUCCACCCGGUGUUCAUCCACAACAAUCUGUACUUCUUAUGCAACGACCUGGCGUACCACCAGGCAGUAAUGGACCACCUCUUGUUCGUCAACCUAUGGCACCUGGAGCACCAGGUAUGCCAGGAUCUUCGGGUUCAGUAAAUGUUAUGCCUGGUCAACAUCCACCUGGUUAUUAUCCAGGUCAACCUGGCCAAGGCCCUCCACAUGGUGUUCCACUUCCCGGUCAACAACAUCCUGAUCCAUAUUAUCGUAAUGUUGACGCGCGUUCUGAUCCAACAAGUAUGGUGCCUAUUAGUGAAGCAGAAUUUCAAGAAAUAAUGGAUCGUAAUAAAACAGUAUCAAGUAGUGCGAUUGCUCGAGCUGUUCAAGAUGCAUCUGCCGGUGAAUUUGGUACGGCUAUUGAAACAUUGGUAACAGCUGUAUCACUUAUAAAACAAUCAAAAAUUGCGAAUGAUGAUCGAUGUAAAAUUUUAAUUAGUUCUCUACAAGAUACACUUAAGGGUAUUGAAGAUAAAUCAUAUGGACAACGAGCACGCCAUCGAAGUCGAUCGGGAUCACCACGUGAAUCAUCACGUAAGAAACAUCGUCAUCGUUCACGUAGUCCACGCGACCGAAAUGAAUAUCGACGUAGUGAGGAUUACGAUGGCAAAUAUAGUCGUGAACAUCGACGACGUUGA